CUCAAGACCGAGCUGCGCUACUUCCAGAGCGAGUACGACGCUCUCAUGUACGGAGGAGUCCCCAUCACGCAGAACUCUGUCUUCGACCGGCCAGUGCCCGCCAGCACCUUUGCCUCCACUGCAUUCGCAAACGCCUUCUUCCGCACCAAACGAUGCUUCCAAUACGACCAAAGCGGCUGCUUACAACCUGGGGACACGUACUACGAGGUGACGCACAACGGUCUGGAUGCCAUGGUACGGCGCAUGCUGCUGGAGAUGACGCUGCUGAGCCAGGACGAGGACGAGGACGUCACGUACAACAGCACACGGUACAUGUACAUGUACGCUGUGGGCGGCAAGGACCUGUACGACGGCCUGCAGCAGGCGGCGCAGCUCUUCGCCGACUACUCCAUUUCGAGAUAUAACCAA